AAUCUAUUUUUUAAGGAACACUUCUCCCUUUUUCAUUUCUUUUUGUUUUACAGUGAAUUUUGGACCCUAUAUUUUUGUGUAUCUUUUUGUUUAUUUCUCUUUUUCCGGAGAAUACACAUUGAGGGAGAGGGAAAGAGAAAUAGACAUCAUUUUGUAGUCUCUUCUCAUUUCCUGUUGAUUCUUGGUCCCCAUUUGGUUCAGUUUAGUUCUUAAUUAAGAAUGGAAGAUGCUAAAGAUAGGAAGGAAAGUGCUCCUCCAGAAUCGUCUCAUGAACCAAAGGUCUCCUCUCCGAAUGAGGAUCAAUCACAUAAUGCAGCUCAAACAAGUCAACAUACAAGUGAAAAAGAAAGCUCCAAAAUUCAGGAGGCAGCCGUGGAUGAUUCAGCGCAUUUAAAAGAGGCCUCUCGCAGCUUAUUACUGCAACAAAGUCAGACUUCUCCAGAAGGAAAUUUAAUGUCGACCGCCCCCAUUAAAUCUGAUUUAUUGUCGUCCACCCCCAUUAAAUCUGAUGGAGUGAGUGACAUUUCGGAAACAGGAACUCCUCAAAUGGCUUCUGGUACACCUACGGUUGAGCCGGAAGCCUCACCUCAAUUAUUACAGGAUCUGAAAGCAGACCCUUCUGCAAAUAGAAAUACAACAGCUCUCGGAGAAUCCAAUGUGUCAUCCACAUUGGAUGCAAAACCAAGUGAAAUGUUGGAGCCAGCAUUGGACAUGGGUGCUAAUGGUAAGGUUCAAAACCAACCAAAUGAUUCAUCUGAUGGACCAACAGCUGAACAAGAUUCUUCAUCAAUAUUAGCCGUGAAUUCAGAGACAUCUCCCCUAAAAGAGGAAAACAAAAAGGAAUCUUCUGAACGUGUUCAAUCUAAUAAUGUACAAUCUAAUCAUUCAGAAGUAGGACCAAAUAAUGCUUCACUGCGUCAUCAGCCAGAUAAUUCUCCUAGCAGUACCCACAUCGAUGAGGAUGAGUCUUCUCCUUUAUCCACUCAAAUGAGGAAACCUGAAAAUAACAAUCACAUAUUUUCACCAGAUAACAUCGGUCGCCCGCUAGCUAAGGCUUCCACUUUCACAGCAAGGACCUCAGUACCCAUUGCUAGUCCUAAGCAUCCUGAAAAAUCUGACAUAAACAAAGGCCAAAUCGACACAGCAGCACCAAUUGAAUCUGUUAAGCAGGCAGUUUCCAAGUUUGGAGGGAUCGUCGACUGGAAGGCUCAUCGUGUACAGACUGUGGAGAGACGGCAACUUGUUGAACAAGAACUAGCAAAAGUGCAGGAGGAGAUCCCAUUUUAUAAAAAACAGUCUCAGGCUGCUGAAGAUGCAAAAGUGCUAGUUUUAAAGGAACUAGAUAGCACUAAGCGACUGAUAGAAGAAUUGAAGCUGAACCUGGAGAGAGCACAAAAAGAAGAGCAACAAGCAAAACAGGAUUCAGAACUUGCCAAGCUUCGGGUGGAGGAGAUGGAGCAGGGGAUCGGUAAUGAGGUUAGUAUUGCAGCCAAAGCACAGCUUGAAGUUGCCAAGGCUAGGCAUGCAGCUGCAGUUUCUGAGCUAAAGACUGUAAAUUCUGAGUUAGAAGAUCUUCGAAAAGAUUAUGCUUUAUUAGUGUCUGAGAAAGAUGGUGCGGUGAAAAGAGCAGAGGAAGCAGUCUCUGCUUCAAAAGAAGUUGACAAGACAUUGGAGAAUUUAACUAUUGAACUCAUCACUGCAAAGGAAUCUUUAGAGGCUGCACAUGCUGCACAUCUGGAGGCUGAGGAACACAGAAUUGGAGCAGCUGCAGCAAGUGAGCAAGAUGCUCUAAUCUGGGAGAAAGAACUGAAGCAGGCGGAAGAGGAGCUUGACAAGCUAAACCAGCAAAUUCUGUCUGCAAAGGAUCUCCAAGGAAAACUAGAUACUGCUUCAGCUUUGCUACAGGAUCUCAAAGCUGAGUUGGCUGCUUAUAUGGAAUCAAAGUUGAAGCAGGAAACUGAUGAAGAAGGAAACCUGAACGGCGGCGAACUGUCGGUGCCAGAGAAAAGAACUCAUGUGGAGAUACAAGCAGCAGUGGCCACAGCUAAGAGGGAACUAGAAGAAGUGAAACUCAACAUCGAGAAAGCUACGACUGAAGUAAAUUUCUUGAAGGUGGCAGCAACUUCAUUGAAGACAGAAUUGGAAAAGGAAAAAUCAGAACUAGCCAUGAUCCAACAGAGAGAAGGAAUAGCAUCUGUUGCUGUUGCAUCUCUUGAAGCUGAGUUGAGCAAGACAAAGUCAGAGAUUGCUCUUACACAGAUGAAGGAAAAAGAAGCAAGAGAGAAGAUGGUAGAGCUUCCCAAGCAACUUCAAGAGGCAGCCCAAGAAGCUGAUCGUGCAAAAUCACUUGCUCAAAUGGCACGUGAAGAUCUGAUUAAGGCAAAGGAAGAAGCUGAGCAAGCAAAGGCUGGAGCGCGUACCGUAGAAACUAGAUUACUUGCAGUUAAGAAGGAGAUAGAGGCUGCGAAAGCUGGAGAGAAGUUGGCGCUAGCAGCUAUCACUGCUCUAGAGGAGAGUGAAUCAGCCCAACAAAGUAGAACGGACGAUGAGGCGCCAGCUGGAGUAACUCUUUCUGUGGCGGAGUAUUUUGAGCUCAGCAAGCAGGCGCAUGAGGCGGAGCAGCAAGCUAACAUGAAGAUCACUGCUGCUAUUAGCCAAAUAGAUGUAGCCAAGGAGUCAGAGCUGAGAAGCCUAAACAGACUGGAAGAGGUUAAUCGCGAGAUAACUGAAAGAAAGGAAGCUCUAGAAGUUGCACUGCAGAAGGCCGAGAAAGCCAAGGAAGGGAAGUUGGCUGUAGAGCAAGAGCUAAGGAAAUGGAGAGCGGAUCAUGAGCAAAGACGGAAAGCUGGUGAAUCCAUUCCACCUACAACAGGAAGCCCAAGAAUGAGCGUUGAGGAGAGUAAAGAAUCAAAGACUUCUGAAAGUGCACCAGAGGCUGCUGCAUCUCAUAACAGCACAAGUCCGAAAGCCCAAGCGCUAGCAAGCAGCACCGAAGCUGAUUCAUCUCCAGAUGUGAAGAUUCCAAGGAAAAAGAAGAGGUCCUUCUUCCCAAGGAUCUUCAUGUUUCUAGGCAGAAGGAAAGCACAGGCCAAUAAGUCUGCCUGAUGCUUUCUGCAUUUACUAUAUCUUGUCAUUUUUAACAAUUAUUUCUCCAAUUUUUUUGGCUGUUUGUGUCAGUUGAUAAAGCGGAAGGGUAAUCUUUCACGAUAUGUACAUACUGAGUAUUCUUUUAUAUGUACAAUAUUAAAUUAAUUCUCAUUCACUCGAUUGAUAGCAUUUUAUAGGAGGAUAA